GUCGAGCGUUAAGGUUCUGUCCUCUCGCCUGUGGGGCAGGUGCUGGCUGCAAGGCUGUCUCAGCAUGGCCGUCUAAACCUGGACUUGACACCAUUCACAGGGCCAUUUUGGGAUCUUGGGAGGGCCAGCUAAGGUUUUGACCUUGGUCAGCCCACUCUUCCUUUAAGACCGUGCUUCUCCUCUCCCCCCAAAAUCUCUCUCCCCUUUUCAAUUCACCAUUGAGGAGGUCAUUUCCUGUCCACGCCUUCCAACGAACCACAUGCCACCGCGUACCCCAAAUCUCAACAUCAAGCCGAUCAUCAAGAUGCCCGACCAAAAACUGCCCGUGACUCCUCGGCCCAAGAACGGCGGCAACACGCGUAUUACGGACUACUUCACGUCCAUCGAGCGAACUGACAACGGCAAGAAGUCUAAGAGAGAGCUCGAAGAUGAAGAAGAUGACCAACCGACGAAGAGACUUAAGCGAAGCGAUGACGGACAUGCCGGCAGCAUCCAAACUGCCCGUUACCAGAUCAAGGUCGACACCCCGAAGACCAGAAAACCAGCGUCUGCUCGUCUUCUCGACGACACUGACGGCGGACUCCGCGAAAGCCUUGUAGGCCGCUGGGAUUUUCUUGAGGAGGAAACCGUGGAAGACGAGGAACAAGACCCAAUUCCGAGCAACGAUCCUUCGCCCGUGCCGAUUCGUACCCCGACUCACGCCAACAACCCCAGGUGCAGGAAGCCGGCAUCCUCUCGCCUGUUGGAUGAUGUCGACGGAGGCUUGUCGGAUAGCCUUGGGGGUCGAUUCGAGACCCCUAGAUACCAGGAGGCAGUUUCCGGGGGUGAGGAGGAGACGGGGGUCGAGGACUUGACGCACGACACCGUCGAUGAUGACACUGAGGCUGAGAUCAUUAGGAUGGACGAUAGCGAGGACGACAUGAGCAGCGCCGAAAAUUGCGACAACGAGGAUAGCGAGGACGAGAACAAAGAGAACGUCCCUCCGAGAGUUCGCUACAGAACACCCAGCCCUCAACGCCUUCCUCCCGUCCCGGAGCAGCAUCACGAUCAGAACAACGAGACACGCAACUCGACCCCAAACGGCCCGCCUUCAGCCAGUCCAUUUUCGUUUCUCCUCCCGAGCCCCGUUGUGGAUCUGCCCGCGCCUUAAUCGUCUCCCUCGUCAUCGCCUGCCUCGUCGGACUUUCCUGAUGACGUGCCUUCUUCCCCGUUGUCGCAGUAAAUCCUGCACAAUCGGGCCCCAUCCACUUCCUACUCGGACGCUUCCCGUUUUCCACAGGAUAGAGCGACAAUAUCGGCAAUGAAGGUAGAGCGAAAGCCCAGAACGAACCGAAGGAUUGCAGGGGGGCAUACGUGGAGGACCUUUUCGAGGAUUACCAACAGCGUCGACUCGGGCAUGUCUCUAGGGGUGGGCAGAAUGGGCUAGCAGGUUGAAGUCAAGGAGGAAAGGCGGUCAGGUACAACGAGGAA